AUGAAGUUCAGCCUCUCUCUCGCCCUCUCGCUCGCCGCAGCCACUGCCCAGGCAGCCACCCAGUUCUGCGACCAAUGGGGCUCGGUCACCGAGGGCAACUACAUUCUAUACAACAACCUUUGGGGUAAGGCCCAGGCCAGCUCUGGCUCGCAGUGCACCACCUUUGAAUCUCUUUCGGGCAACACUAUUGUCUGGAACACCAAGUGGUCUUGGUCCGGUGGCCAGGGCCAGGUCAAGAGCUUCGCCAAUGCCGCUCUUAAGUUCACCCCAAAGACCCUGAGCAGCGUCAAGAGCAUUGACUCGACUUGGAAGUGGAGCUACUCUGGCUCUAACAUCGUCGCCGAUGUCGCCUACGACAUGUUCCUCAGCCCGUCCGCCAGCGGCAGCCACACCUACGAGAUCAUGGUCUGGCUAGGUGCUCUGGGCGGCGCCGGUCCCAUUUCCUCGACGGGCUCGCCCAUCGCCACGCCCACCAUCGCUGGCAUCAAGUGGAACCUGUACCUCGGCCCGAACGGCUCGAUGCAGGUGUACAGCUUCGUGGCCCAGUCGACCACGAAGAGCUUCUCCGGUAACAUGCUCGACUUCUUCAAGUACCUGGAGAGCAAGCAGGGACUGUCCAGCAGCCUGUACCUGGUCGACGUGCAAGCCGGUACCGAGCCUUUCAGCGGAAGCAAUGCCGUUUUCACCGUGUCCGACUACUCCGUCAGUGUUGCCUAG